AUGAACUCACUGACGAAAUUCGAAGAUCUAUCGGAUGAAAUUAUUAUUUCAAUAAUCGAAUAUUUAUCAUUAGAAGAUUCAAUUUCAAUAUUUAAGGACUUGAAUGCUCGCUUAACAUGUAUAAUGUUCGAUCAUCCAUGGACACACCAUCGGCUUAAUAUUCAAAUCAUCGAUGACAAAACUCUUCAGAGUAAACUUGAUUUUAUUGAAACUAUGAAAUUAGUCACAAGAGUUUCAUCAAUUAAAAUUCGUCCGUUUAGUAUUUAUCGUAGCAUUCAAACAUUCAAUCAAUACAAACCAUUGCAUAAUUUUACCAAUCUACAAACUCUAUCGUUGAAUAAUAUUACUCUUGAAGAAGCCGAAAGUAUAUUCACCACAGAAUGUUUAUCCCAAUUAGUUCAUCUAACGCGUCUGUUCAUCAAAUUCUCGUUUGGCAUUGAACAAAAUAAUUAUUGUUCGCGAUUUGAAUGUCUUAUUUCAAAGAUUCUCAUUCAUUCAUCUCUGCAAUAUGUUACUAUUCAUUCUGCUCGACCUCUUGAGUUUACACUAUUACAAUUACCAUCUUCGAUAGUAUAUCUCAAAAUUGAUUACUGCAGUUUACAAAGCUUGUAUAGGCUGUUCGAAUUUACGCCUUGUCUUCGUCAUCUAACAGCCACGAUUGUUAUAGAGAAUGAAUCAAACAAUCAACAAUUAUCAAUCCCUUCGUCGCUUACUUCGCUUACACUAAUAGGAAAUAUUCCUAUUUUCGAUGAUCUGAUUGAUUUCUUACGAAAUUUUUCCAAUUUACAACAAUUAAAUAUUGUUUCAUUUUCAAUUAUUGAACCACUAACUGAUACAUCAUUUUGGUUUGAAUUCAUUGCAGAAUAUUUACCUUCGUUGACUAAAUUUAAACGAGAAUCGAAUGUAGCUGCGGCAAAUAUUGCUGCAUAUAUAGAAUCAUUUCAUUGGCCGAAUCGAUGGCAAUUGAGAGAGACAAGUGUUCCGAACGGUUCAAAUUGUUCUCGCAUUACAAUUGUUAAUACUAGAUAUUGA